AUGGAGAAGGCUGAAUUAAAUGCUCUGGAAUCUUACUCUACGAUCGAAAAUAACAAUUUCUGCCUAAAUAAGGGUCCAGCCUGGGCUGGUUGCGCGAUUACUGGUACUCCUAGUAUCGGAAAGUCAUACUUUGGUCUAUAUCUCCUUUUUUAUAUUCGCUUCAAUUAUCCUGAAGCUAUAAUAAUCUGGCAAUAUGACAAAAAAUUGUGCUAUCAAUUCUCAUCUGAUGGUAAUGUGCAAAACAGGGAUAUUUACCAGUUCGACGAGAUACUGAGGAAUUCAAAUAACUUCUUUCUGGUUGAUGCACAAGAAUUGAUAUCUAAACGUAAGGCCUAUAUGAUCCUGCUCACGUCACCGAAAGUGGAAAGAUUUAAUGAGGCUGUCAAAUGGCCGGAUCAAGAAGAAAUCAUCACGCUUUGGGCCCUUCAAUAUAAGGGUAAGAAAAAUAAUGAAGACAAAGAGCUCACACUUGAAUUAGUUGGGGAAUUGUUAGACAAGUGGGAGAUCGAUUUGGGAAUUAAUAAUAAAGACGCGAAAAAACGAUCUAGUGAUGCAAUAUCGGAAGAUUAUGACAAUGAGGAAGCAUCAGGGAAGAGAAUAGAUAACAAAGGCGUAAAAAAACGGAAAACGAAAAAGAAUAAUGUGGGAGACGAUGAAAGUGAAGAAGCAUCAGGGAGCAACGUGGGUUCAGGACAGCGUAAUUUGAAGCGAUCAAGUAAUGUGAUAGACAAUGAAAGUGAGGAUGCGUCAAAGAGUGAAGUAGUGAAAAAACGGAAAAUGAGAAAGACUGAUGCGAUUGUAGAGGAUGAAA